GGAAUUGAACUCAGGUCUCCUAGCUGUGUGGCCUCCAUGCUAACCACUCGUCCGCCGUGCAGCCUUCUUUCACUAGUAUAGUUCCCAAAUUUCUUUGUAGGUUAUCACACAUUUUUGAUCCACUGAAAUAAAAUCAUAGCAAAUGUGCCACUCAAGGAUUAUGCCUACAGAGAAGCUUGUUUAGCCUGCAGAGCACUUCUUUCACCAGCAUAGUGCCCCAACUUCUAUGCAUAUUUUCAUACAUUUUGCGUUAAACUUCACAAAAGUGGGCCCGAUUUUCCCCUCAAGGGCUAUCUGUAUAGUGAAACCUCCACAUUGUGUGCCAGCUUUAAGAAAACCAAUCGUGAUUUUUAAAAUUAAGCCUAUCAUGACUAACAUGGCAAACUAUGGCCAGGGGAGGACCACAUCCGGCCUGCCAAGCAUUUGAAUCAGAGUUGCUUCCAAAGUUUUUAACAUACAAGCUGGCAAAAUGACUUGCGAGUAGUCAGAAUCAGUCAAUCUGAGACAACCUUUGAUGGUUUAAGUAGCUUUUCACAUGCAGCGAUCCAGACAAGUACCUCACCCAUGAUGCCAGACAAAGUCAACUAAUAUGUGACACAAGUAGACCUACCCACUGCACUGUGUGGGAAGUAAAGAAGGAGGGACGUUCACAUACUCUUCAAAGGGGACCCAUUAUACUUCUUCCACUUUUCUGACCUGUAAGUGUUCCUAGAAUGUCGUGUUAAAGAAUACCAAAGUUUCAGCUCACUUUGACUUCCCAGUGAGCCUUCCUUAUGUGGGCGUGCCAGGGUCCAAGCUGUAGGCCUUGGCUGUAGCACCUGGGAGUGGGACCAAUCUCAGUGGAGUGGGCGUGCCCGCAGGCGGCCUGUGGUUGGGCUUUGACAAAAUCAUUCCAGAUUUGCCUCUCAAGCGCUGGCCAAGCUGUGAAACAACUUCUUUUGCCAGCAUAGUGACAGAUUUUUCACACAUUUUGGAUCAGCUUGAACAAAUCAGCCCUGAUUUUUAAAUGAACCCAUCUUGGCUAACUGUAUGGCAAAAGACACAUUGUAGGUGCGAGUAUUUUCAAUCAUAUUAACUUCAGUUACCAGCUGUACACCAAAACUGGCUUCUUCGAACAGCAAAGCAAACGUGGAUCCAGAGACCAACCAGGCUGCUUCCAGCAGGAUCAGGCUGACCCUUUGAGUCUCGUGAGUGUGUGAGACAGGAAGGCCUAUUUGGUGCUGUGAACGCAGCUUCGGGCCUCUGUAGGGGGGCGCUUUUGGAACAGAGAAGGACCCAUAAGGCGGCUUCUGGGAUACGUGGGCUGCUUACUCCACCGCCAUGACCACUGCAGUGCAGCCUAAUGAACUGAUGUUUGAAUUUGCCAGUAACGGGAUGGAUGAAAUCAACCAGCUGGAUGACCCGUCAGUGUUCCCCGCAGUCAUCGUGGAGCCGGUGCCCACCACAGAUCUGCUGCAGGUGUACUCGGGCCUGGAGUCAGACGCGGUCACCAACGGCAUCAUGAUGGACAACACGCUCCAAGUGGUGGAGGCGCCCUCCAUCUUGGUGGGAGGGGUGGACAUCUCAGAGACCGUUUCAGGCGCAGAAGACAGCAUGGAGACAAACGAGGCGGCAGCAGCUCUCCUCAACAUGGAGUCCCCAAACAACAUACUGGACGAGAAGCGCAUGCUUCACACCUACGGCACUCUGUUGGAGUCGGACCUGAAUUACGCCCCGCUGAGGCCUGACCACAUGGAGAACAGUGCCCUUGACAUGUCACUGGACGAGGACACGUCAUCCAUGGACGAGAUUCCCCCAAAGUGUGCCUUGAAGCCGCAGAAGAAAACCAAAGUGAGGAAGCCCCGGGUGGUGCGCUCCUGCUCCCCCAUCUCCACCCCUAACCUGCCACUCAGGAAGAAGAGCAAAGAGGGCAAAGGCAACACCAUCUACCUGUGGGAAUUCCUCCUGGCUCUACUGCAGGACAAGAACACCUGUCCUAAAUACAUCAAGUGGACACAGCGGGAGAAAGGCAUCUUCAAGCUGGUCGACUCCAAAGCCGUCUCCAAGCUUUGGGGCAAACAUAAGAACAAGCCUGACAUGAACUACGAGACCAUGGGAAGGGCGCUCAGGUACUACUACCAGAGGGGCAUCCUGGCUAAAGUGGAGGGUCAGCGUCUGGUUUACCAGUUCAAGGAGAUGCCGGCCGACCUGGUGGUGAUCGAGGACGACGACGCAGAUGGUCACGAGUACGGCAACCAAAGGUCUACCAACGGCAGGGCGAUCUCUCGCGGGAGCUCCAAAGGAAGAGCCCACGGUCACCACCAGGUGUCAGUGAAGCAGAUGAAGAAGGAGGCCAGUGAUGACCAGGACGUGGAGGCUGGACAGACAGCUCAGCAGCUCCUUCAGAUCCUGCAGGCCAACCAGGAGGCGAAUGUAGCUCAGGCUAUGAGGGCCAUCAGUGCUUCCACUUCACUCCCGAUGGUUUUGACCUCCCCCACGUCUCUUCAAACCAUGCCCCUCACCACUGUCCUCCCCAACGGCGACUCCACCCACUCCUCCCCGCCUCGAGUCCUCCUCCACUCCAUGCCCCCCAACAACGAUGUUCUCACUCUGCAGACGACCAACACCCUUCAGGAGGGCCUCCCACAUCAGCUGCUGGUUGCCAGCCACAGCCCGUCCACCGUCUCCACAUUUGCCGCUACUUGCGCGUCCACUGCGUCAGGACUGCCCCGCCUGGUCACCAUCAACACCACAUGCGGGCAGACCAUGGUGGCGCAGCAGCCCGGCACCGUCAUCGCCACCGUGCUCAAAUCUGGCGAAUUUUGCAGCCUGCAGGUAAAGGAGGAGCUGCUGGACUCCAGCUACUUCCAGUCCAUGGUGAAUGGCGAUCCGUGCCUGGCUAACACUUUGGCCAAGGAGGAGAUGGAUGAAGCGGAGCUGCAGUACCGAACUGUCAUCAUCGAUAGCAGCCACAACCAGGAGGGCCAAGAAGUUGGGAGUGAAGCUACCUUCAAUGGACAUGCUUCCCAGAGCAGCAGCCCUUGUGAGGGCCUCACCCCGGUGGAGGAGCUGGAGGUACGCGGGGAGAUGUCCCUGCAGUCCGAGCAGGCCCUCAAAGGCCUGCAGGAGCUGCCUGCAAACUUUAUCCAGAUAAAGACAGAGCCUGCUGAGGCCUGACAUUGUUUUUCUUCACAAGCUGAACCAAAAAAAACAUGGACCUCCUUUGGACUUGAUGGUGGCCGUUUUUGUUUUUGAUCCAAGAUCCGUUGACACGUUGCUCCUCAAGGUUGCGCCGGUCAGCCUCAGGAUUGAAUAGUUUACUCACAUAUUUUUUAUGAUCAUGUGCCUAAAGAAAUAUAUCAAGGGAGUGUCUCUUUUUUUUUUUUUUUACAAUGUCGCAUUUCAGACAAAGACAAAAAAAGGCUCCCCUGAGGAGAACAGCCAUGGAUGAAGCAGGGAUGCCUGUCUACCAAAUGUGCCAGUUUCUUUCUUUUUUUAAUUAAAAUCUCAGAGGACAUAAACGGUGAAUGGUUUUAAAAAAAAAAAAGAGAGAGAGCGAAAAACACCACAAACCAAAAAAAGAGGGGACUGAAAUGGUGCAAGGAAAUGACUUUUGUGUGAGUGAAUGCUGCAUCACGUGGCGAGCACCCUGACGAAUGGCUAGUUGGCCUUCAUUUCCUAAUACGCAAAAGAAAAGCUAUGCAUGUCCUCUCUAGCAUAGGGCAUUUUUUUGUUGAACCAGGACAGUCCAGUAUCCACAACUCAUGGAGUAGAAUGCAGGCUGCACAAACAGAAAGAAUUAUAGAUAUAAAAAUAUAUAUCUCUUGCCUCUGCUGCAUUACACUGUUGAUAUGAAACGGAAUAUACGCAGAUCUCUGUACAUACAAAUUAUAGAACAUUGAGAUUAAAUUUUAAGGCCACUGCAAAUUUAUUUAUUUUGUGAAUUUCUAAAUUCUGUAUAAAAAAGGCACAUUUGUACUAUUUACAUGAGGGAAAUACAAAGCAUACAGCAUCUAUUAUGACCAGGAGCUUUAUUUUUUCUCGAGGUAGCCUUAUGGUUUAAAUGCAUCUUUGCUUCAGUUUUUAGGUGCUAAAGUGCUCAUUCCAGAAUUUUAUCCUGACAUGUACUUGUUCUGCUGUCUGAAUUUUCUUUUUAGUGAGCAUUCUGUUGCUUAUUGAAAAUACAGCAAAGUCAAAUUACUUUGAAUUGGCUCACUGACUCUGCUAAAUUGAUUCACCAACUAGCCUUAGCCAACUCGGAUAACUCAUUUGAACUGUGCACUGACUUGAGUCAGUGGAUUUACCGUAAACGCAGCUCAGCCGAUUCACUGCAAACAGCACUGACUCUGAUAAAUCAGAAUCUGAAUUAAAUCACCGCCUCGUGUCAGCAGACUCAGCGGAAACACUGUGGACGCAGAUGAGCCAUUUGAAUUGGUUUACUUAUUUGAUUCAGCGGACUUAAACACUGCAGGGUGAGAUGAUUCAACUGAAUUGGUUCACUAAUUCGGGUGAUUCCACUAGAUUGACUCACUGAUUCGAGUCAGUGGACGACCCGGAAACACCGCAGACUGAAAUCAUUCAUUUGAAUUGUUAACUGAUUUGAGUUGACCGACUCACCGAAAAGACUUGCGUGGUUGGGCUGAAUUGAUUUUCUGACUCAAGUUAGGGGACUCAUUUGACUUUCUUUCUCCACAUGUAGCCUUACAUACUUACAUACAUACAUACAAAAUGCAGAUUUUCUUGAAUGUUUACGUGCAAAGUGCUCAUUCCAUUAUUUUCUCCUGGUUUUAUUCCUUUUAGCAAGCAUACUGAUGCUUUGUUACUUCACCGUGUAAGAGUCCUUCAAGAAUCAUUAUCAAAAGCAUCAGUAUGCAUGUCAAAUUUAGUUGUUUUUGGAACAGAAAUGCUGUUUAUUCAGUGCAAAGUGCCCUCUUCGCACCUGCUCUUGGAUCAGUCGUGUAGGAUUCUGUGCCUUGUUUAUUUGCUGAGGUCAAACAUCUGAUUGGAACCCCACGGCGGGGAAGACGCAGCCUCAUUGAUCCAUUGGGGUGGUAUGGCGGCUAAAUUGGGUGAAUUUGGCCCUCAGGUGGACGCUGUGAGGACAUGCAGACACGCUGAUCCGCACAGCAGGUGUUCCAAGACAGCUCGUCAAGUCUUGAAUGUAUACUUACUGUUCAUAUACAAGCUUAUGCAAGACUACGACAAUCAAUAACAAUUACACUGGAGACUUUUAUGUUUGUCUUUGCUGCUUUUAUAUUUCUAUGUUUGUUUUUGCUCUGUAUAUAUGUACAUCCCUGUAUGUAGACCGCCCUUGCCUUAAAGCACUGUCGUUUGUGACUGCUGAUUGUCAA